AUGGCCGGGGAGGAAAUUCUCCCGCAGGGCAGCAUUACCAACCCUAACCCCUUCCCCUCUCCGCCGCCGGACGCGUCCGUCCCGCGCCGGACGAACCCGCCGCCGUGCCCGCACCAAUCCCACAUCGCCACGUCAGCCUCGCCCCGCCUCUCUCUCCUCCGUCCGCCACCGGCCCGCGGGGCCCGUCCGCCGUCCGCCGCCUGCCCGCGCGACACCCGCGCCCCGUCUCCGCUCCUCCGCGGCCGCGACCGCCGCCGCCACGCCCUUCGCGCCGGCCCGCGUCUCCGCCGCCUGACGUCCCGCCGUUCGCCGCCGGCAUGCGCCGCCUCCCCGCGCGCCUCCCCGUCGCCCGCGCCGCCGUGCCUCGCCACGCCCGUGGACGCCGCCGCCUGCGCCUUCCCCGGCCUCCUCCCUCGCCGGCCCGAGCUCCGGCCAUCUCCUUCAAACUCCGGUGGAGGUCCGGUGGACCUCGAAGUCCGUGCCCAAAGAACCCUAGAUCUGGGAGAAGGUUGA